AAUUAGGUGAGGUGGAGGGGGGAUAUAAAUAGGGAAAAAAGGGGAUAAUGAGAGGUGAUUUAUAUAGGAAACGAUUAAUUGAAACGUUUUAUAUAUAUGGGAGAAGUUUGAGUGCGAAAAUCCCGAAAAAAAAGGAAUUAUUAGGGCCAUUUUUGAGGAAUAAAUUUGUUGGGAAUGAAUUGAGGAAAAGGUCCGUAGAAAAGAGGGAUAAAGAGUAUUUUUUAAGUGGAAUUGAAAGAUUUGGAUUUGUUUGUAUGGGAAGAUCUUUUUUUUCGGCGAAAAAAGAGGUAGAACGAGAAGAAUUGGUGAAGAAAGGGUUUUUGUCACUUGGAUUGAUGUCAUCAAUUGUAAAUUCUAUAUAUAUGGAUGGUCUUAGAUCAUUUUGUAUUGAAGGACCUACAAAAAUUCAAAUACUUGCGAUUCCGGAGAUAUUGAAAUGUUAUUUAAAAAAAACGUCAUAUAGAACGUUUAUUUUGGCGGCAGAGACAGGAUCAGGUAAGACACUGGCUUAUAUUAGUCCUAUUUUGCAUAUUUUGAAGUUGGAGGAGAGAGAUUUUGAAGGAUCUGGUGAAUUACGUUGUCAAGGCAAACCGAGAUGUAUUAUUAUUGUUCCUACGGCUGAAUUGGUUAAGCAGAUCCAUAUGUUAUUGAAGCGAAUGUCUCAUGGUGUUAAAAUUCGUUCAUCAUUUGUUAUGUCUGGAUGUUCUUUGGAUUUUAUAAAAAAAAAUGUAUUGACAUCGUUUUGUGAUAUUCUUGUAGCAACACCAUUUCAGAUCUAUAAAUUUAUUGAAGAAAAGAAAUUAAAUUUAGAUCAGACUAGAUAUAUGGUACUUGAUGAAGCGGAUAGUCUUAUGGAUAUUUCAUUUCGUUCGAUUGUAUUAUCUAUUUUAAAUUCAGCUAAUAAUUUAAAAUUGCGUAUUUUUUGUUCUUCUGUUGUAUCACAAAAAUAUGAACGUUUUUUGCUUAAACAUUAUCCUGAUAUUUAUAAGAUAGUGACACCUGAACUUCAUACUAUAUCAAAAAAGAUUUCUUUUAGGUUAAUUGAUGCUCAAAAAACGUUUAAAAACAAUAAAAAAAUGGCAUGUCUUAGCAUCCUUGAAAGAAUUGCAAAGAAUGAUGUUUCAAAAAAAGUUAUUAUUUUUUUUAAUGAAAGAAAACACUCUGAUGAAUUCGCUUAUUUUCUUAAAGACAAAGGGUUUCAUGCUUUUUCUUUAACAAAAUAUACUAAAGAUCGUCUUAAUAAUAUACACAAUUUUAUUUAUGGUAAUUUUAGUGACAAAUCUUUAUCUAUUUUGGUUACGACUGAUUUGAACUCGCGAGGUGUUGAUACUGUUGGUUUAAAAAAUGUUAUAUUGUUUGAUCUGCCAUAUAAUCAUGUUGAUUUAAUUCAUCGUCUUGGAAGAACUGGUAGAGCUGGUAAAUCUGGUAAAGCAUAUUUAAUUUAUGGAAAAGGUGAAAAUUAUCAAUGGAUUAAAAAAACACAAGAAUCUAUAAGAAUUGGAAAACCAUUGAUUUAGUAUAAUUGGGAAAAAAUAUUUAUUCAUCUCUUGUUUUAUUUUUUUC